AAUGGGAAUAUUUUGUCCAAUAAGAAACAGGAUGAGUGCGUGUGGCGUGGGGGUUUCUAGUUUUUGUGUGUUUUUUUGGUAGGCCUACUCCUACUACAACAACACCGACACGAGGUUCCGAGGUUUCACUUUAGAAGGUCUAUUCAUGACUGUACUGUAGGCCCUAACCUUUAUUUUCCGUAAGACAGUUAUGUAAUUAUUCCGAAACAUUAGAUAUCUGGGAACCAACAUGGAUCUUGUGCCGUGCCUCCAGGCUGGCUCGCGAUUUGGAAAGCUUUGCUUCUCUCAUGACUCGCGCUACUUGUUUUGCUGUUGUGGCUCUGUUGUCAAGGUGUUUAACACAACAAAUGGAGAAUGUGUUCAUGAUUUGACUGCCCACAGUAAAGCCGUGACAGGAGUUUUUCUGAAUCCAAGCAAUGUCUUGCAGAUUGUUACAUGUGGUCAGGAUGGAUGCUUAAUUUUCUGGGACUAUCUGGAUGGAGUCAAGCUCAAAGAGCAUGAUCUUCACAUGCCAUUGUAUGGCAUUGUCUCCGUGAAUGCUGACACAAAGUCCAUGAUGAUUAUUGCUGAAACCUCAGCUCACAAAAAGACUUACUGCCUGAUGCAGUGGAAGAGGAGCAAAACAAACCCAAAUGAGUUCUCCAAACCUAAAAUGCUGAUAGAAAAUUGUGCAGGGGACUAUGGCCUGAUAUCAUUUGGAUGCUCAAGAGAGUUUGUGGCAUCAGCAUCUGGACAUAUGUUGACUAUCUAUUCAAUGAAGAAGGAGUCUAAGAGAAUAACCCCCAACGGGACGCUGUCCCCGGACCCUGCUGGGCCCCAGACCCCCAUCAGGGUUUUCCUUACCUUUCAGCUUCAGCUGGUGGAAGCACUGGAGAAAGAAAAGUCACCGAUAAAAACUCCUUACUACUUUUUCUCUGGCAUUGUAGGUUCAAAUCUUCUAAGCGGAGGCCACGAGUGUGUGUUGGUCAAGUGGCAAAUGUCAAACACAAAUCUGAAGGACUUCAAGCCUCGGAUGGGAGCACCCCUCACCAAAAUACUUUGUUCUCCAGACGGAACAUUCUAUGCCACAGAACACUCUGAUAAUGCGGUACAACUGUCGAACAUCAGCAUGAAGGUUCUCCAAGUGUACCGCGGCCUGACACGGGGGAACAUGGGUCUCUCCUCGGACAAAAACCCAAUUCCUUGUGGACUGAAGUUUGACCAUAGGUCCCAAGCAUUGGUCACUAAUGGUCUUCCAGGUCACCUGCAGUUUUACUCUCUGGCUCUCAACAGGCAGCUUUUCAAUCUGGACAUUGUGGGUCAGAAUUACAUAUCUCCUGAGAAUAUUGAGAGACCCAAGGUGGUCACAGAAGUGAUAGCAGCGGCUGUCAGUGGGUCCGGUGAAUGGCUGGCCACUUUUGAGUCAUGGGACGAUGGACUUUUCACCCCGGAGCUGAGACUCAAGUUCUGGUCUUGGAGCACAGAGGCACAGACGUACUCUCUGAACACUACAGUGGAGGGUCCUCAUGAUGGCAAAGUGAAGAGGAUGAUUUUCCGCCCUCAGUCUGAGCUCAACCUGUCUCUAGUCACAAUUGGCUCGGACUGCUGCUUCAAACUAUGGACAUUGGUGGAUGACACAGAUAUUUACAGAAGCAAUGUGAGGUGGGACUGUGAGUCUGUCGGUUUUUACCGUGGCAUGGAAGUGUCUUGUGCAGAUUUCUCUCAGGAUGCCACUGCACUUGCUGUGGGGUUUGAACACCUGGUCACCCUGUGGGAUCCCGACAACAACAUCGUGCAGGCAACCGUCUCAAACUCUCUUCCAGAGAGAGAACCAAUCAGUCACAUUCUGUUUGGUAACAAGCAAUGUUCCCAUCUCCUGGUUGUUGCUACGACAAAAACUUUACUUGUCUGGGAUCUGCUGACUCUUACUGUGCAAUGGAAACUGCCAUCUGCUAACAUCACUUCGCUUUUCCGCGACCCAGCAUCUGAUCUGAUGGCAUUUGUUUCAGCCGGUGCAUCAUUGAACGUUUUCAGCCCCCGCAACUCUACAAUGAUUUACCAACAUGAGAAUGUGAGCAGAAGUUGUGUUCUUGAUGCUCUAUUCAUCCCUGAUGGACGUCACAGAGGGAUUGCAGGCGUCGGUUGGCCUGGGACUUCUCAGAUCUACAUUUUCAAUGCAGAUGAGGAACUACUCACUCUUGAUUACCCAAAGCAGCAGAAGAGCAGCGAAACACAGGUGAAAAUCUCUCAGAAUCUGCCUCAGUCUGCUGUGAGUGCCUUCCUGGCGGAGAAGAUGGUGAGAGAAACAGGCGACAGUCGGGACAAGAUUCCACUCAGCAGUCGCAACCAAGUGGAUGAUUCUUUCAUAUCAGUGCUGCUGCAUUCAAAUGAGCCGGUGUCUUUGCAUUGUGACCAAUAUUUGAAAAAUCUGUUGGUGAAAAGCUCAGCGAUGUCUUCAAGUACUAUAGAUACUGGUGAUGAUGACAUUGAUGAAGAUGACAGAGACGAUUCCUCUGAAUCGGAGAUGGAAACCGAUGAAAAAGGAAGUGCUCUUCCUGCCUUGGACACUACAGAUGGUGAUCAGAUUCAGGAAGAGGAGGACAUGAACAAGUUGCUUUCUCCGUCUUUAGAUUGGAUACAGUGGUGUGCAAAGUUAAAACUUAAGUGAUGUAAAGUAUUUUAUUCCUUUUUAUAGUCGUCACUGCCUGGAUACUUGUUGUGGGUGGAAUGUUUUGACUACAUGAAAUAAAUGAUUAAGUCAGAUAA